CUCCGCCAAACACCUCUCCGUCGCUCCCUCCUCCCCUCCGCCAGUCAUGAUGGCCACCCUCACCGCCGCCGCCGCCGCCGCCGCCGCCGCCGUUGCCUCCUCCUCCGUCGCCAUCCGCCCGUUCCGCGCCCACAAGCCCUCCCGCGCGCCCCGCCGGGAUCCGGUGCUCCGUCACCGAGGGCCCCGCGAUCUCCCAGCCGAGGGCCGCCGGCGGGGGACUGGUUGAUUGCGUGGUGGUCGGGGGCGGGAUCAGCGGGCUCUGCAUCGCCCAGGCGCUCGCCACGAAACACCGCGACAGGGCCCCCAACGUGGUCGUCACCGAGGCCAGGGACCGCGUCGACGACAACAUCACCACCGUCGAGAGGGACGGCUACCUGUGGGAGGAGGGCCCCAAUAGUUUCCAGCCAUUCCGAGAUUUCGGGGCGAGGCUCGAAUCGGCGUGAGUUCUUUCUUGGGUGUUCUUCCUUUUUUUUUUCUGGGGGAAAGGAAGAAAAUGGAGAGGACAAAGCUAUCGUUGGAUAGAUGCUCAAGAACACUCAGACUUCACUUGCAGAAGAACAAGAACGCAAUCGCCAGUUGACAAAGCCUGUAACUGCUGAAAAGAUGGAAACAAGAAAAGCAGAGCUUGAGACUAACUUUGCAACUAAUCUCAAGAGGCAGAAGCAAGAGUAUGAGGCUAUUAUAUCCUCAUCAGAGACUGAUUUGCAUGAAAAUGAAGUGGAAUCAAAGUGGCAGGAGCUAAAAGAUACUAAAUCAUUGGCCAUUGAUGCAACCCAGCGAUUAGAAGGUAGAAAUUUUGGAUUGAUCGGAAUAUUGUUGUCUUGA